GGUUUGUUGUUAUUCAUCCCCAACACAAGGGGGCGGCAGGGCGCGCAGAGCCGUCUCGGGUCCAUGUAAAUGACAGGAAAGAAGAGAUGACCGGGUGUAAACAUGGCGUCUGCCUUGGACGAUGAUGACAUCCUUAAUGAUGAUUUUUAUUCCCUGCUUAAUGUCAGAAGAGAGGCAACACAGGACGAGCUGAAGGCGGCAUACAGGCGGUUAUGCAUGCUGUAUCACCCAGACAAACACCGGGAUCCUGAACUAAAGCGUCAAGCAGAACAGCUUUUUAACCUUGUACAUGAAGCUUAUGAAGUGCUGCGUGACCCACAGGCACGAGCUAUCUACGAUAUCUAUGGCAAGAGAGGACUCGAUGUCGAAGGAUGGGAGGUGGUGGAAAGAAAAAGAACCCCUGCAGAGAUCCGAGAGGAGUAUGAGCGUCUUCAGAAAGAGCGAGAGGAGAGACGGCUUCAGCAAAGGACCAACCCAAAGGGAACUAUUAGUGUGGGUAUUGAUGCCACGGACCUCUUUGACCAGUAUGAGGAGGACUACGAGGAUGUGGUCGGAGGGGGAAUCCCACAUGUGGAAAUCAACAAGAUGCACAUAUCCCAAUCCAUAGAGGCUCCUCUUACCACAAAAGACACAGCCAUUUUAUCUGGCUCCUUGUCAACCCACAACGGAAAUGGAGGUGGCACCAUUAACUUGGCUUUGAGAAGAGUCACCUCAGCCAAGGGGUGGGGAGAGGUGGAUUUUUUUUUUUUUUCCUUCAGCUUUGUGACCGCUCAGUGCGGGCUCCAGUUUUCAUCCCGAGGCGUGCGUCCUGGGGUUACCACGGUGCUGGCCCGUCACCUAGACAAGAACACUAUGGGCUAUCUGCAGUGGCGCUGGGGCAUCCAGUCCUCUAUGAACACCAGCAUAGUCAGGGACACCAAGAGCAGUCAUUUCACCUUCGCAAUGCAGCUAGGCAUUCCCCACACUUUUAUGAUGAUGAGCUACCAGUACAAGUUCCAGGAUGAUGACCAGACGAAGAUUAAGGGCUCAGUAAAAUCCGGUUUCUUCGGGACCGUGGUGGAGUACGGGGCCGAGAGGAAGAUCAGUCGACACAGUGUCCUGGGGGCCACCGUCAGCGUGGGGGUGCCCCAAGGCAUCUCCCUCAAGAUCAAACUAAACCGAGCCAGCCAGACGUAUUUCUUCCCUAUUCACCUGACUGAUCAGAUACUGCCAAGUGCUGUAUUUUACGCCACAGUUGGACCACUGGUUUUCUACCUCGCCAUCCAGCAGCUUAUUAUUCGACCCUACGUGCGCGCCCAGAAGGAAGAAGACUUGGAGAAGCAGCAGGAGAGCUCGGCCUCUAAUAUAGCCAGGAAGAAACAGGAGGCAGAGGCUGCUGUCUUGCUCAUGCAGGAGUCUGUGCGCCGAAUUAUUGAAACUGAGGAGUCUAGAAUGGGUCUCAUCAUCCUCAACGCCUGGUACGGCAAGUUUGUGACAGACAACAGUCGAAAACACGAGAGGGCAAAGGUCAUUGAUGUGACUGUGCCGCUGCAGUGUCUGGUGAAAGACUCUAAACUCAUCCUCACUGAGGCCACAAAGUCUGGACUCCCUGGUUUCUAUGACCCCUGUGUGGGGGAGGAGAAGAGCCUGAAGGUGCUGUAUCAGUUCCGCGGAGUCAUGCAUCAAGUCCUUUCAGGAGACAGCGAACCGCUCAGGAUACCAAAGCAAUCUCACAGGAUCGACGCAGACACAUAGGAGCUCCUCCGCUGACCAAAAAAAAGACUCAUCUCUCAGCUGUUUGACAGACGAUGGAUAAACCUGUUUUAGAUACGACACGGAUUGAAGUCCCUGUUACUGAUAAAUCAUGCAUUUACGUUUGGUCUUUAUAUUCAUUCAAAUAUGCAGAGCGGAGCAAAAGCACCACGGACGGGAUUGAUGGUAAUUCAGGAUCCAUGGACAGGGUUGUGGCCCGAUUGAAAUACUAAUGUGAUACUAAAGCAGCGGCUAUCAUCCUAUGUCCAAGGUCCUCUGGCCUCCUUGGUACCCAUUUAUUUUCGGUCUGGCUUGUAAACUACGAUUGAGUUCUAUGGACUGUAUUGUACACACAACUGCAGUGCCUAUGUGAUUGGAUCAGUGAAUGCGCCUCUGUUUAUUUGCCAUAUUAUUAAAAAAAAGAUUCUCUCA